AUGGAUGCUGAUAAGAAAAACGUCGGCAUUACUGAGAGCAAACCUAGUCAGCAAAGAGCAAGUAUAUCGAAAUCUGCUGCCGGUAUCGGAGUGAAAUCUUCGGCGGCCAUGGGAAAGACUCUGAGUAGAAUGAAGGUCAGAAGACAGUCAUUCGGCUUUGGUGGUGUGGCUGGUAUAAGGGCAGAAAAGAAGUCCUCGCAGGUUGGAACGGAAUACAAGCGACCCCCAAUAUUGUACCUACCCACGUACCAGCUGGACCCUCGUACUAAGUUUCAUGUGCCAAGUGUGGAGAAGACUGUUAAUGCAGUCCUGGAUGAUUACUUCGACCCACAUAAAUAUAGUAACUCGGAGUCACCAGGACUAACGGUGAUAAUGGCAGGAGAAAUAAUGAGGCACGUCAAGGCGUUCAGUUUCGAUCGCUACAGAAUCAUCGCUGUGGUCACAAUGGCACAGAGGAGAUCACAAAGCUACUAUAAUGCGGUCUCAUUCCUUUGGGACCACGAAAGGGAUAACCUUGUAGAUAUGCACAGAGAAAGCUUUACUGCUUUCGUCCAAGUUACAGUCUUUGGCAUAUACCUUGACUAA